AUGAGUCAACCGAAAGCGUGGGCCACACCUUUGUGCGGUCAAAAUCGUGGCUUCGUGCAUGCAACUGAGUGUGUGUCUAUGGUAGCAUGUCCCUGGUGCGGUCAAGCAAACCCUAAUAAAGGGAAUGAAGAGAACCAGUCUCAAACUACUACCACAUUUAAGGACUCUGCUUCUAAAAGCCGAGAACUCCGACAGAAAGCCAUCGUAACUGCGAAGAAGUUCUUGCCCGGACGAAACAAUAUUGGAUCAUCGCUUCCAUCAGCAGAAAAGGAAAACUUGACAAAGCCACCAUCAUCAUAUAGUCUGUUUGUUACUCUUUGGAAGCCCCAGGAUGACGAAGCCCCUUGGUUCAAUGGUAAAUGGCUAAAUGUUGAUAACUUCACUAUCUUAUUAUCUGAAUCCGAUGUCUUUACAAUCAAUACUAUUAACCAAUUGGUCCACGAGCUCGAACCUGGAUGUAGGGAGCUACGCCAACUAGUCCAAUCCAAAUUUCAGUAUACCGCUCGACUUGCAUCGACAGCAUCCGAAAAAAAGGCAGAAUUCUUAUCGGAUACAGUACUUCGAGAAGGAUUCAACAAUAUGCUUCUAAAUCUAGAGAUAGACACAAGGAAGAAACGAGAAGCCAGCGGUCCCCAGUACAAAUUGCAUAUUUGUUUUGGAAAAUAUCCCGAAUCACAAAGCGAUGGAGAGUGUACAGUCAACAUCAGUGAUAACAUCCCGGAUGAUGAUAUCAACUAUUAUACCGAUAACACCGACCAUAUUUUCACUUCACUCGAUUUCGAUUCUCAAUCCGAUGCAUUAAAACGAAGACGUGCUUCAUCGGCUUCCUCAUUUCCAGUGUCUAAGCCAAAGAAGAUCCAAACACAAUAUGAAACUAGCGCCGAUCCCAUCAUCAAGAAAGAGAAGGAACCACUUGGAACUACACAUACUCGAGUUGAUUAUGAGAUAAUCAGUAUCUCUAGUAGUGAUGAAGAAGCAACACCUAAUGAUGAUGAUGAGGCAAAACUCAGUGAGGCAUUCCGUCUUUUUAAGAAGGUACUGAGACAGACGAAGAAGAAAUCAAGUUUAGCAGAAGGUCAGGACAAAAAAUUGAAAGUUAAGCAUGAGCUAGGGGGGGAAGCCAAUCUAUCAGAUAUCCCAGUGGAGGAAGCCAAUCUAUCAGAAGAGCCAGCGGAGGAAGCUAAUCUAUUAGAAGAGCCAGUGGAGGAAGUCAAUCUAUUCGAAGAGCUAGCAGAGGAAGCUAAUGUACCAAAGCUAUCAAAUUUAGCACAGGAUGGACCAGCAUCUAACACUCGGAGGCGGCAUGGCAAGUCAUUCCCUAAGAAACAUCUCCUAUAG